AUGCUCUACUACAGUGGCGUGACGCAACGAGUAGGAGAUGUGGAUUCUGGCAACACCGUUACCGACUUCUUGGAGCUUGAGCGGGAGCGUGGAAUCACCAUUCAGUCGGCGGCCAUCACAUUCCACUGGCCACUGCAACAGGACUGCCCGCCUGGAACAUCGCCAAAGACCAUCAAUCUCAUAGAUACUCCCGGGCACCAGGACUUCAGGUUUGAGGUCGAUAGAUGCCUACCAAUCCUCGAUGGAGCUGUCUGCAUCAUCGACUCUGUCAAGGGCGUGGAAGCGCACACAGAACGAGUCUGGGCCUCUGCCCAGGACUUCAAGAUCCCGCGGAUUGUCUACUGCAACAAGCUGGACCGUGAGGGCGCAUCUUUCAGGAAAUCCGUCUUGGAGAUUGGCUCUCGACUCAAGGGAUGGCCGUUAGUCUGUCAGAUCCCAUGGUGGGAGAAAGAGGACUUUGUUGGUGUAAUCGACGUUGUUGAUGGAGUAGGGUACCGAUGGAAGAGCGAAAGGCAAAAGGCUCGGUACGAGCCGGCUGAGCUCAAAGAAUUACUGUCAACCUCAAACCAGUCGUUACUGACGGAGAUGCAAGUGGCGCGGCAACGCUUGGUUGAGGGCCUGGCGGAUUUUGACGAGGCCGUGAUGGACGAAUACUUGGCUGAAAACGAAAAUAUUCCUGCCUCUCUACUCAAACAGGCCAUCAGGAGAAGCAUACAAAGUGGCGAUGGCCGCGUCAUACCUGUAUUCGCGGGCUCAAGCUUUCGUCACAUUGGGGUUGAGCCGCUCAUGGAUGCCAUCGCCGACUAUCUUCCCAAUCCGGCCGAGCGGCCUGACCCGGAGGUCAGGGUCGGGAGCACCAAGACCGAGCUUCGUGAGGCUCUCAAAGGAAAAGGCAAAAAGGCUGUUGACCCCAACGUCACUUCGGUGGCAUCUGUCUUCAAAGUAUUUGACCAUCCAAAAGAGGGCGUCAUCAGCUUUGUGAGAGUCUACCAUGGCACCUUGACCCGCAAUGCGCCGAGCUUCAACACCCAUAUGCUCAUCCAGGAACGACCGAUGGGCAUUUUGCAGAUAUCAGCAUCCAAGACUGAAGACAUUCAGGAGCUUUCGGUUGGCCAAAUUGGAGCUUUGAGAGGACUCAAGAAAGCACGCACCGGAGAUACCCUGAUCACCAUGGCGAGCGGCAAAGCGGUCCCCGAGCAUUUACGGCAUAUACAGAUCAGACCUCCGGAAAUCCCACCACCGGUUGCCUUCCUGCAGGUUGAUCCGUAUGGCAACGUAGCAGCCCAGCAGUUAGCGGCCGCUUUAGAGAGCGCCUCGCGAGAAGAUCCAAGUCUUCGAUGGAGUAGAAACCCAAAGACCGACCAGUUCACAAUCCAGGGCAUGGGAAAGCUUCACCUGGAUGUAUCGCUUUACAACAUGAGGCAGAAGCACAAGAUAGAUGCCGAAUUCGGUCCCAUCGAAGUUGACUACAAGGAGUGUGUUACUGCUGAGACUUCUCCUCAACAUACGGUUUUUGACCGCCCAGUGGCUGGCAAAUCUGGCAAAGUUACCUGCACAGUCAACCUCAAGCCGAUAGAGGAAGGGGAACAUGGCAGCUUGAUAGAGACCGGCCUCGAGAAGGAUGGCAACAUUGUUCAGAUCGACAUUCCCAUGCACGGCGAAGCCAGCGCCGUGCUGGUCGAUGCGGAUGAGGCGCGUCAACAGCUCUUCAAUGGAGCUAUAGCUGGGUUAGCGAGAGGGCCUCGUCGUGCGUCGCCAGUUCACGGUUGCCAUGUCCACAUUACACUUGAUACAUCUCGCGAUGCGCUAGAAACACCAACGGGAGGCCAUUUCAGUGGUGCGGCCAAGACCGCCGUCCAAGCGGCUCUUCGGGAGGCAUUCGACAAGAGCCAGAUUGGUAUUCUAGAGCCCAUCAUGUUGACACACAUCGUCUGCCCCGAGGCAGCCGCCGGAACAGUUCAGCACGACAUAACAGCCGGUGCAGGCGGCCACGUGCUCGAGGUCAACGACCGUUCUGCAGAGUCUGCAAGCGAGGAGCUGAUUGAUGUCUCCAAGAUUUAUGCCCCACCUGAUCCUUAUGACUCCAUCACCUCCCUGAGAGGUAAAAGGUCCACUGCUCGGAUGGUUGAGAUCAUUGCAAAGGUUCCUUAUAAAGAGAUGCUGAACUAUGAUGAGCAUCUACGAAGCAAAACUGCAGGCCGCCAUUCCAUGACAAUGUCAUUCGACUCGUUCGCAAGAGUGGUCGGCCAUCGGGAAAAGGAUAUCUGAA